AUGAGAAAGCCACGUGCAAUACUUGUACCUUAUCCAGCACAAGGUCAUGUAAUCCCCAUGAUGGAGCUUAUGCAACGAUUAGUAAAAUAUGGUGUCAAAGUUACAUUUGUUAACACGAAUUUCACUCACAAAUUGGUUACAGAUGCGUUCUCUGAAGAUGAGAAGUUGAAUGAUUUAGCAAGUCUUGUGUCACUACCAGAUGGAUUGGAAACAGGAGAGGAUAGAAACGAUUUUGUCGGUGAGAAGAUGAAAAUAAGAAAAGCAGCCUUCUGGCCUGCAGCAGCUAUAACCUUGGCCUCACUAUUUUGCAUCCCUAAGUUGCUUGAAGAUGGAAUCAUAGAUAACAAGGGGACUCCCUUGAAGAAGAAAAUGGUUCAACUAUCACCAACCAUGCCUGGUAUAAGCUCUUUAGAGUUUACAUGGCUGGGAAUUGGCGACUUAAAGACACAAGAAACACUUUUUAAUUUGAUGGUAAAAGCCAGUGAGUUUGUGACACUGGCAGACUUCACAAUUUGCAAUUCAACUUAUGAAUUGGAGAAAGGAACAUUUACUUCAUAUCCUGAGAUAUUGCCAGUAGGUCCACUACUGGCAAGCAAUAGAGUGGCCAAUCAGAUUGGCCACUUUUGGAAAGAGGACUCAACGUGCCUGGCAUGGCUUGACCAACAGCCAGCACGUUCAGUCAUCUAUGUUGCAUUUGGAAGCUUCACACUUUUUGACCUUACCCAAUUUGAUGAGCUGGCACAUGGACUGGAAAUGACGAAUAUGCCUUUCCUGUGGGUUGUGCGGUCUGACAUGGUUAAAGAUAUGAAAAAUGACGGAUACAAUGAUAGAAUAAAGAGUCGUGGGAGAAUAGUGGGGUGGGCCCCACAGCAGAAGGUUUUGAAUCAUCCUUCUGUUGGUUGCUUUGUGAGCCAUUGUGGUUGGAACUCUGUGUUGGAAGGUGUUAGUAGUGGUUUACCAUUUAUGUGUUGGCCUUACUUUUCUGAUCAGUUUGCGAAUCGGAUGUACAUUUCUGAUGUUUGGAAGACUGGAUUGGUGUUUGAUAAAGAUAAAAGUGGUAUUGUUUCAAGAGAAGAAAUCAAGAAUAAGAUCGAGCAGCUACUAGGAAAUGAUGAAUUCAAGGUUAGGGCGAUUGAUCUUAAAGAAAAGGUUGCAGUUGCUGUAAGCAAAGGUGGCCACUCUGAUAAGAACUUCGGCAACUUCAUUGACUGGAUACAGGAAAAAGAUACUUAGUCUGUGGGAAGUUUAGAGAAUUAAUGGUCAUUUUACAUGGGUUUAGUGCCACUUAGAAAUAUAUAUAGUUAUUUAUAGUAAAGGGUUUUGGAGUAGUAAAGGUUGUUGUAUCUUUGUUCUCUAUUAUGGCUUGUAUAUGUAUGAGUCUUUAACCUCGCUAUGAACAUACAAGAAAUCCUUCCAGAA